GAACCUACCCUGACUCUGGAAGACGGGCUGGAGGGAGACGGAGAGGAAGGGAGGAGGAUCAAACGGGAGAGGAAGGGAAAAGGAGCAAAAGAGGGAGGGAGACGGGGAAGAAGAGAUAGACAGGGAAUAGACACACCCUGUUGCUUCCGUCUCUCGACUUGGAAAAGAAUUCUUGUUAUUGCUUGGCUUUUUCUUCUAGCUGGAAACUCUAGGGAAGCCGCAGACGUCCGUUUCCGGGGGAAAAUCUUCAGCCACCUCGGUGUUCCCUGCCCCCUCCCCUCCGUUGAAAUCCAUGCAAAAUAGAUCAGCAGAUAUGGGGAGCAGCCAGCCCCUGUCCAUCGCCGAUGGCGGCAAGAGGAAGAAGAAGAAACGUCGAACCCGGCCCGCUGACACCUUUCCCGGAAAGUUUGAAGAUUUAUACAAGCUGACCUCGGAGCUGCUGGGGGAAGGAGCCUACGCCAGGGUUCAAGGAGCCGUGAGCCUCCACAACGGCAGAGAAUACGCGGUCAAGAUCAUUGAGAAACAAGCCGGGCACAGUCGGAGCCGGGUGUUCCGAGAGGUGGAAACGUUGUACCAGUGCCAGGGCAACAAGAACAUUUUGGAGUUAAUAGAAUUCUUUGAAGACGACUUGCGGUUUUACCUCGUCUUUGAGAAAUUGCAAGGAGGCUCCAUUUUGGCCCAUAUUCAAAAGCGAAAGCACUUCAACGAACGGGAAGCCAGCAGGGUGGUCAGAGAUGUUGCUUCUGCCUUAAACUUUCUUCACACGAAAGGCAUUGCUCACCGAGACCUGAAGCCAGAAAACAUAUUGUGCGAAUCUCCAGAGAAGGUGUCCCCGGUGAAAAUCUGUGACUUCGAUCUAGGCAGCGGCGUGAAACUGAACAAUGCAUGCACUCCUAUAACCACCCCCGAGCUCACCACACCGUGCGGCUCGGCAGAGUACAUGGCCCCCGAGGUGGUGGAGGUCUUCACGGAGGAGGCCACCUUCUACGACAAGCGCUGCGACCUGUGGAGCCUGGGCGUCAUCCUGUACAUCAUGCUUAGCGGCUACCCGCCCUUCGUGGGCAACUGCGGCACCGACUGUGGCUGGGACCGGGGGGAGGUCUGCAGGGUGUGCCAGAACCAGCUGUUUGAGAGCAUCCAGGAGGGCAAGUACGAGUUUCCGGACAAAGAUUGGGCACACAUCUCCCAGGAGGCCAAGGACCUCAUCUCCCGGCUGCUCGUCCGAGAUGCCAAGCAACGGCUCAGUGCCGCCCAGGUCCUCCUGCACCCCUGGGUCCAGGGGCAGGCCCCUGAGCGGGGCUUACCCACCCCCCAAGUCCUCCAAAGGAACAGCAGCACCAAAGACCUGACGCUGUUUGCCGCCGAGGCCAUUGCCCUGAACCGGCAGCUGUCUCAGCACGAGGAACAGGAACAGAAUGAGGAGCAGGACAGCUUCCUCGUAGCGGGGCUCUGCGCCGUGAAGCUCUCCCCGCCCUCCAAGUCCAGGCUAGCCAAACGUCGGGCCCUGGCCCAGGCCAGUCGCAACGGGGGCCCGGGGGCCACCGACCAGGCGGACCUCUGACCCCUGGCCUGGCUCGGGUGAGGGGACCCUACCUUCCACCCCUUCGGACAGUCUGAACGGAGAGCGGGCCUGAGGGAGCGUUUCUCUUUUCCCAUCCGGACCCCAGGCCUGCGAUUCCCCCCCUCCACCAAGUUGGGGAUCUCCGGAGCGGGGAGAGUGACCAUCUACCCCGGGAAUUGUUUGGGCCAGGGUGAUGCACCCCCACCUGCUAGGGCAUAGUCCCUCCCCUAUGCUCCCUCCUUCCGGAACUGUCACAGAGGUGUGGCUGCUUAUGCGGAGUGGCUGCUGGCCCCGGGACAAUGGCCAUCCCACCCUCACCUGUCCACUGUCCACCUCAGGGCUCAGCCCUGUCCGACUCAGGGAGACUGGAGGAGGCUUGGAAACCACCUCACCCCCGGGAGGUGUCGGGGGAGAGACCCAUUGACCGACCCCACGAAGGAGGCGGGUAUUUAGCCGGCUGUUUCCAGGUGGGGUGGAGAGUGGGGGGUGGUCUCUCCCGACACGUUUUCUGUGUUGCCGCUGCUGGAGUGAAUUUUUAAUCCCCCUCUGAAGUCUGCAUCUGGAGCAGAUUUUUAAAAAUUCACACUUCAAAACUUUUCCACCCCUAAAAUGUUCCCCGAGCGCACCCGAUCUUCCCAGCGUUUCGUGUGGCUUCCCUCUUGCUGUUCGAGCCGGUUAAAAUGUAGCUUGAGGAAACCGGUAGCGGAACUCAGAUGCGCAGGAGGGAAAAGCAGGGUCUGAGAAGGAACGCUGUGGGGGCGGCUCUGUCGUGGCACCCCCCCCACCCCCGCCCCUGCCCCCGCAACCUUGGAAGAGGGAAUCGUGAAUUUUACCUCAGCCCAUUUUAAGGUUUGCAGGUCCAGGCCGACUCAGAGCCUUGGGCCGCCAUGGUGUCGCGGAUCUGCUGACCUCAAAGAGGCAAGAUGGAGCCAGAGUGGGCGAGCGCGUCCUCCCCCAACCGCAUCAGUCCACGUAAGGGCUGAUGUCCGACCUCUUCCCCGGGCCCCGGCCACUGCUGACCUGGCAGUGACCGGUAGGGCUGGGGGUGGAGUUCGCCCUCUCGUGCACCUCACGUAUUUAUGACUUUUAUACCUUGAAACAGUUGGAUGAAUACAGACCGUGCUGGUUUUAAUAAAAAUGAUAUAAGUUCUCA